AUGAUGCAUCCCGGUAAAGUAGCUGUUACACUUGAUGAACAGACUUUAACUUAUGAAGAACUACUAGCUCAAGUCCAACGACUAGCAUAUUUUCUCAUCAAUAGUCAAGGUGUACAACCAGGCGAUAUUAUUUGUCAGUGUGUUCAUCGAAGUAUUGAAAUGAUCGUAGGCAUUCUAGGUAUUUUGAUGUCAGGUGCUAUCUAUGUGCCACUAAUUCCAACUGAUCCUAUCGAUCGUCUACAAUCACUUAUUCAUCAAGUUGAUGCUAAGCUAGUGCUUGUCAAUCAAAACUCACCUUCACAUUUGAAUCGAUUCGAUGUACCCAUUGUCGACAUCUCAGAAAUACUUGACUGUCCUGUCCGUCUCAACGAUGCUCAGAUUGAACAGCUAUCUCAAGUUGUCGUCACACCACAAUCGAUUUCUCAUAUUGUGUUCACAUCAGGAUCAACUGGUCUUCCAAAAGCUGUUCAACUUCGUCAUCGUAAUUUGUUAGCCAACAUAAAAACUCAUAUCAUCGAAGAAAAUGAUGUUGUUCUUCAGCUCUCAAGUUCUUCUUUUGAUUCUCAUUUGGAUGAUAUUGGUGGUGCACUUCUUCAAGGUGGUCAUUUAGUUCUUCUCAAAGCUGGAGGUCAUCUCGAUUUUGAUUAUAUGACAAAAGUGAUUUAUGAGAAGAAUGUGACUUAUGUUGGACCUGUGCCAUCGUGGAUCGGUGCUUUAAGUGAAUUUCUAAGUGAAAACUAUCACGCUCAAGAACGAGUCAGACAAGUGCAUUGGUGGUACUUAGGAGGUGAACAAUUGUUGAGCUCAACAGUUUCUCAGCUUUUACCAUUCAUCAGCGAAGAAAGUCGUAUUUUCAAUCUUUAUGGACCUGCGGAAGCUACAGUGGUGACCACUUGUUAUGAGAUUAAUCGAAAAGAUCUUUCUACAAUCAUUUCAUUGCCCAUUGGUCGUCCACUGCAAGGAUAUCGAAUUUAUCUUCUUGAUGAUUACCGACAACCAGUAGUGCCUGGUAAAGAAGGUGAAAUUAUCAUUGGAGGUGUUGGUGUGUUUGCUGGUUAUUAUGGACGAAUGGAUUUGACGAGACAAGUUCUGAUUGAGAUGGAUGGUGAGCAAUUCUAUAUGACUGGCGACUUAGGUCGAUUGGAUGUUGAAUUAAAUGGACUUGUCUUUGUUGGUCGACGAGAUUUCCAAAUAAAACUGCGUGGUCAACGUAUAGAACUACGAGAAAUUGAAGAAACAGUGUUAAAAGGAUUAUCGAGCGUCUCAGGAUGUGUGGUCAUAAAAUGCAUACAUCAAGGAGAAGAGCAUCUUAUUGCAUAUGUGGAAACACUAUCGAAUACAGUCAAAGAAUCGGAUGUGCGUGAUCUUUGUCAUUCUCUCUUGCCGUCCUAUAUGGUUCCAACAAUGUUCAUUAUCUUAGAACGAUUUCCAUUGACAAAGAAUGGGAAAAUCGACCGUAAAACCUUGCCGGAACCAAAAUUCGCUAGUCUCAUGGAGUCAUCAAGUGAAUACAACAAACCAUUAACUGAAAUGGAAAAACGUGUACAUGAUUUGUGGUGUCAAGUCUUACGUAUAACACAUAUUUCUAGAACAACAUCCUUUUUUUCUGUUUAUGGUACGUCGCUCGCCUUCAUGAAGUUAUACAAUCUCUAUCAGAUUGAAUUUGGUGUUACCCCAGACAUUGUCGCAUGCUUUCAACAUGCAUCGAUUGCUGAACAUACUCGACUCUUAAAUGAAAGUGUUGCAUCAAUAGUCAGCAAACAUUAUCGAGCUUGGUCUUGUCUACACCUCGAUCAAGAUGAAAUCUCGUUUGCUCAAGCACGCAUUUUUAUCGACGAACAGAUUCGGUUUCAUUCUUCCGAUGAUAAUACCAUCGCCAUAUACAACAUUCCAUUGAUUUAUCGCUUGUCCGAGGGUACUAUAUCAAUCAAGCGUCUACAACGAGCUCUCAGAAAUAUAACUAGAAAACAUGCUGUUCUUCGCACUUGUCUUCGCAUGGAUCCAGUUCAUGGAAAUCUAAUACAAUAUAUUCAAUCUAAUGAUAAACAAGAUUGGUUCACGUUCUCGAAAGACAUCAUACAAGACGACAAUAUGUUGGCAACGAUUUUUAUGAAUGAAUGGACGAAUCGAUCACAUUUCGAUCUUAGCCAAGGUCGAGUUAGUCGUUGUCAUAUUCUACACUACCAACGACGAUCUGAGAAGGACGAUGACAAUCUACUAUCAAUAGGAGAUUGGAUUAUUUUUAAUUUUCAUCAUGUUGCGUUCGAUGGUGAAUCCGAACAAAUAUUCUUCAAUGAUCUUCGCAAUUUUUACAUCGAUGAGCAGGAACAGGCUGUUGAAGAUUCAGAAGCAGCACUACAGUACAUCGACUGUGAGUUUUUCUAG